GUGAGGACACAAUUACUCACCGAAUCUAUUCAGUUACAGAGGGGAUUUUCUUCCCGCUACUCCUAACUCCUCCCCAACACUUUGGUGAGGGCACAAAGUCGUCAAAUUUAGUAAAUUAUCAAAACUUGGGUGGCCGGAGAUGGAGGAGGCGGUACCGUUCAAGAACCUCAACAGCCGAGAGUACCACGGCCACGAGAAGAAGGUGCACUCUGUGGCUUGGAACUGCACCGGCACCAAGCUCGCAUCGGGUUCCGUGGACCAAACCGCUCGGAUUUGGCACAUUGAGCCUCACGGACAUAGUAAGCCUAAAGGUGUGGAAUUGAGGGGGCACACGGAUAGUGUGGAUCAGCUGUGUUGGGAUCCCAAGCAUGCUGAUUUGGUUGCCACUGCCUCCGGAGAUAAAACCGUUCGGCUAUGGGAUGCGCGGACUGGGAAGUGUGCGCAGCUAGCGGAGCUUAGUGGCGAAAACAUUAACAUUACGUAUAAGCCGGAUGGGACGCACAUUGCGGUUGGUAAUAGGGAUGAUGAACUAACGAUUUUGGAUGUUCGGAAAUUUAAGCCAAUUCACAAGAGGAAGUUCAAUUAUGAGGUUAAUGAAAUUGCUUGGAACACAACAAGUGAUAUUUUCUUCUUGACAACUGGAAAUGGCACCGUUGAAGUACUAUCAUACCCAUCUCUUAAACCAGUUGACACUCUCAUGGCUCAUACAGCUGGUUGCUAUUGCAUUGCAAUUGACCCACGUGGAAGAUAUUUUGCUGUUGGGAGUGCCGAUUCCCUGGUCAGCUUGUGGGAUAUCUCAGAGAUGCUCUGUGUGCGAACAUUUACAAAACUUGAAUCGCCUGUGAGAACAAUAAGCUUCAACCAUACUGGAGAGUAUCUUGCUUGUGCCAGUGAAGACUGGUUUAUUGAUAUAUCAAAUGUUCAAACUGGGCGGACGGUGCAUCAAAUUCCUUGUAGGGCUGCCAUGAACAGUGUGGAGUGGAAUCCUAAAAGCAAUCUACUUGCAUAUGCUGGGGAUGACAAGAUCAAACCCCCUGGUGAAGGUAUCUUUAGGAUAUUUGGCUUCAAAAGUUCGAGCUAAUAUCUAAUAAUUAGAUUCUGUUUUGCUAUUUUCCUCUGGACUGUAAGUGGAGCACUCUUGUGCAUGCAACUCUAACUUUGAUACUGAAAUUCCAUGAUCCCAAAACAGUGUUGUGCGGUAUUAGACAACAGCUGACAGUUUUUAACUUUUUAUUCUAUGAUAAAUGGUCGCCGUUUAGUUC